AUUGUUAUGCGAUGAUUAUAUACAUUGGAGAGAAGAAAGACUUUUGGUUCCACCAUUCAAUGAAAUGCCAAUACUAAGAAAAAGUCUAUCUUUUGUAUCUAAUAAGAUUUGGGAUAUCGUUGCAGAAAAAAGUCUUCUUACAAAAAUCGAUGGGAAA